GCGGGCACGGUAGCAGACAUGUCUCGGAGUGGGACUCUGCAAGAUGCGUUGCGGUCCGUGGACGCAUUCCAGAGAGCUGAGAAUCCUGGGUCGGUGAAAUUUCCAGCUCGUGGGUCUUGUAGAGAUUCUCGGGGGAGCGACUCCGACGAUCUCAGCAAAUCUGAGAGGAAGCACAGAAAAGAGAAGGAGAAGGAGAAGGAUGGGAGGAGGAGAGGGGAGCGCCGGUCCUCCAAGAGCAGGAAGGGUCGUUCCAAGAGUAGCAGCCGGCGAGUGGACGAAGAUGGUAGCGGUGAAGACGACGAUUGCGAGGAUGAGGGCAAAGUGAAGCUGCGCUCUGAGAACAAGAGGCGCCAUAAACGAGAGCAUCGGAAGAAGGAUAGACAUUCCAGGAGUAGUGACAAGAAAGGUGAUAGAGAGAAGGGUAAAGGGUCGCGGAGAAGUCGUAAAUCCGACGGUCGAAGAUCGGGGAGGUCGCAAGAGGAUUCUUCUUUCUCCUCCGAUGAUGCAAAGUCUGAUGAUUCUGGCUCUUCGUCAUCCGAAAACGAAAAUGGGAGUGAUACUUCGAAGCCGGAGCAAUUUGCCAAACAAGUCGUUCAAGAAUUUCCGGAAGUCGCCAAUGAUCUCAAGCAGCUUCUUCAGAUGGUGGAUGAUGGUCAGGGAGUUGACAUCAGCCCGUUGCCCAAUAAACGACUGAUUUCACUUCUUCAACAGUUAUUUCGAUCCCUUAAACUCGACAAAUCGAAGGCAGGGAUCUAUCUCCUUCCCUCUGGAGCUCUGCCGACUCUAACUCGGGUGGGCCUGUUUUCUGGCGAUGAAGCUGGACCUGCACUUAAUUCAGAUGAUGUUUAUGAAGGUCCAGAGCUACCUUCAUCAGUAUCGCAAGAAGCUCAGGCUCCGCUAGUAGAUAAUGGAAAAUCUGAAUUUGUACAGAAAGGCCAUGUGAAAGAUGCUCCACUCGGCCCCACCAAGCCAAGGGUUAUGGGUCCAGCAAUGCCAUCCAAAGAGAUGUUAGAAGCUGCUGCGAAAUUGGAAGAGGCGGAGGCUGCCUUAAGAGCUGCUGAGGAGGAGUUGGAAGGAGAUCCCAUGAUUGGACCUCCCCCACCAGCAGCUGUGGCUGAGGCUGCUUCUGCAAAUGACGCUGAGAGAUUUGAAGAGGUAACGAGGAUAAUAGCUCCAGAUGUUGGCAAUGCCUAUGAGCUUUUGGGUGUAAAGCGAGAGGUGACUGCAGCUGACUUGAAGAAAAGGUACUGGAAAUUAUCACUACUUGUGCAUCCAGAUAAGUGCGAGCACCCGCAAGCUCAUGAAGCAUUUAUGGCCCUGAAUAAGGCUUUCAAGGAUUUGCAAGAUCCUUCAAAGCGAGCUGUAAUCGAUCAUAUAGCUGAUGAGAAACAAGCUAAAGAGGAAUAUGAGGCAGAUUUGAAAGCCAGACGCGAGGCUGCACAAUGGAGGAAACUCCGAGGCGAGGAAGCCCAACCUGGGGAUGCAGAAUUGCUAAUGGGAGAAGCGAAAGAGCCUGCACGUGAUGAGUGGAUGACUGUGCUGCCGCCAGAGAGACAGGCUGGUCGACCAACGCAGCAGUCGACAUUCUUCAGUCGCUCAGAGAAAAGUGGGCGAGGAGACACCAGCAUAUGGACUGACACGCCGCUUGAAAAGGCACAGAAGGCUAAAAUGCAGUAUUUGGAAGCCUACAAGCAAGCAGCUCUUACUGGCCCAGAACCUGACGAAUCAACUUUCGAGCGGGAGAAGGCAGCUAGAGCAGCAGUUAUGAUGGAUCAGUAUAACGAGAAGAAACGAGCUCUGUCUAUGGUAGACAAGCUGCAGCGUGAGAAUGUGAAGGAGUCAAAGAAGAAGAAAGGGGGAGGAGGAGGAGGAGGAGGAGGAGCGGCUUCGUUGUUAUCGAAAGAGAAAGAGAGGAAGGAGGCUGAAUGGCAAGAAAAGCAUCCAUGGAAACCAUGGGAUAGGGAGAAAGAUCUCACUGCCGGUCGGCAGGCUAUGAAGUGGGAUGCCAAAAGUGUUCAAGAAGGUUUAGGUUCUAGAUUCGGAUCCAGUGCUGGAGAUAGAAAGUUCUUGUAGUCCAGGCAAGUUCAAUACACGCUCCGACAAAAUCUGUAAGAUGUACGGCCCGAUUGAUUUAUAAUCAAGAAAUUGAAUGUUGCAUGCUCUUCCCCGGGUAAUAUAACUUACAUGCUGCACGCAGGAGAGGUCUCGAUAAUGUCUCUCUCAAG